UACAGCAAGAAGCAAUACAGUAAUUUCAUCAUGGACAUAUGUACAGCCAACAAUCAAUUUGCUGCCGAUGUUUUAAGAGCAGUUGGCAAUGAAAUAGUUGCAGAUAAUGUAGUUUUGUCAUCGCUAAGCAUCUUAACAGCCAUAGCAAUGGUACACCUUGGAGCACGAGAGAACACUGCUGCACAAAUAGAAGAGGUACUUCAUUUUUCUGAUUUUGGAAAUGUUCACCCUAAGUGCAAAGAUCUUCUGAAUGAGCUGAAUCAGAAUGGCCGUGACUACACAUUGAUCAGUAUGAGCAAGUUAUUUGGAGAAAAGACAUACCAAUUUCUCCCAUCUUAUUUGGAGGCCACUAACGUUUCCUAUGGUGCGGCCUUAGAAGAAGUUGAUUUUUCUAAUGACCCUGAAGGUUCCCGGCAGCACAUUAAUGAAUGGGUUAAGCGCGAGACCAAAGGAAAAAUCGAGGAAUUGUUGCCAAAGAGUUCAGUGACAUCGAAUACAGCAUUGGUAGUUGCCAAUACCUUAUACUUUUUAGCAAACUGGACCAAACAAUUUAAUGAGCGACACACCUAUAAGACUCCCUUCAAGUUGGUAUCGAAUGAAGAGGUGAUGGUAGACAUGAUGCUUAUUAGGAAUACCUUCAACAUGCUGUAUGCAAGUAACCCUGGAAUGUCUGUCAUCGAACUUCCUUAUGGGCCUUCCCAAGACCUGAGUAUGAUUAUUCUACUUCCUGAUAACAACACCGCGUUACAACAACUUGAUCAGCAAAUAUCCUAUGAAAAUUUAGCCAAGUGGACUAGCCGGGCACAAAUGAAGUCACGUAAUGUAGCUGUUCAUCUACCACGAUUCAGAAUAGAGAAGGAAUUUUCACUCCGGAACAUUAUGUCAUCCUUGGGAAUGCCUGAUGCAUUCAAUCCAACUCUCGCAAAUUUCUCGGGAAUGACAGAUCAUGAUAACUUAUAUGUUUCAAAUAUAUAUCACAAGACAUUCCUCGAGGUGAAUGAAAAGGGGACUGAAGCAGCCAGCGCCGCAGCACCUGUCAUGGCUAUGCGCAGUUUGUUUAGUGAUGAGUUUAAAGCAAACCGUCCCUUCCACUUUCUCAUAAAGCACAACAAGACAAAUUGCAUGUUGCUGUAUGGUAAAUUAUACAAACCAUAAGCAUAUCAGUAUGUGGCAGAAUUCGGUCAUGUAACAAUAUAUUCUGCAGAAUGCAGUACGUCCAUCUGUAAUGACUUGCUUUGUACAAAAUGAAUGUGGUUUAAGGCCAUAUAAUUUAUUAUAUUUGGAAAGUAACUUGAGUAAU